CACUGACAUGAAAUUUAUUCAUCCUCUGUCAGUUGUUAAAAAGUUCUCAAACCUCUUUGUAAUUUAGUGGAAGAAGUUUUGUUGAUGAUAGCUACUUAGUGCCUUUCACUGGCAAUUCCUCACUUCGAAUCUAAAGCUGUAUUCAGAUGCAUAUUGCUAGAUUGUUGACUUCUGAGUUUAAGGUUUGUUAACCAUCAGCAUGGACUGCAGUGUCUGAGGUGAGGAUUCCUUUCAAAAUGCUGUUCUCUGCAGAAUUAGCAGCUUCUCUGCCUUUCUGCACCAUGCUACAGCAUGAGAAACUGGUGGGUGGACUGCUUUACAGAAAUAUGCGUUUUAAACAGAGUAGUGAAAUGAUAGGAUCCUGAAAGGUUUGAUAAAUACAAUCUUUGAAGCAGAAGUUCCUGACCUUACAUAACAUAUUAACAGUCUGGAUUGGGUUCAUUAUGAAAAUUACUUUUUUCCAUAGGCUCGUUCAGAACUGUAGCUCUGACUUUUUGCUGAAAAGCCUUUACAAAAAUGUUGUGUAACUUGCUGUAUUUUCAAACAUUUCUGGAGAGAUGACACUCCUUGGACUAUAAAAUGUUUCAGGUGCAAUGGCAGAUCCCAUCCGCUGGGCCCGAUACCGCUGGCAGCGACUGAUAUCAACAGAGAGCAGAGAAUGCAGCAGCAGCAAUUCAAGUAGCAAGUGCUAUCAAUCAUCAAAAACUACUGGCAAGCAUAGGAUAGUGAUACCCUGUUUGGGACAUUUUAAAGAAGAGUAUGAAAAGGUAUCAAAACUGUACAUGAACAACAAAAUACGGACUACUAGGUAUACUUUAUUGAAUUUUUUACCACGGAAUUUAUUUGAACAAUUUCACAGAGUUGCCAAUUUGUAUUUCCUAUUUCUAGUUGUCCUAAAUUGGGUUCCUGUGGUUGAAGCUUUCCAAAAAGAAAUUACAAUGCUACCUCUGAUAGGGGUUCUGACAAUUAUUGCAGUUAAGGAUGGUCUGGAAGAUUACUCAAGGUACAAAAUGGAUAAACAGAUAAACAACUUAGUAACCAAAGUAUAUAGCAGGAAAGAGAAGAAAUACAUAGAUGAGUGCUGGAAAAAUGUCAAUGUUGGGGACUUCGUCCGGCUAUCCCGUAAUGAAAUCAUUCCUGCUGACAUGGUGCUGUUAUAUUCUAGUGACCCAGAUGGGAUCUGUUACAUUGAAACUGCAGGCCUUGAUGGAGAAACCAAUCUAAAGCAGAGACAGGUGGUGAGAGGUUAUUCAGAGCAGGUCUCUGAAAUUGAUCCAGAAGAAUUUUCCAGUAGAAUAGAGUGUGAAAGUCCUAACAAUGACCUCAGUCGUUUCCGAGGCUUUGUUGAGCAUUCAAACAUGGAUCGAGUGGGUCUCAGCAAGGAAAACUUACUGCUCCGAGGAUGCACAGUAAGAAACACAGAAGCUGUGGUAGGCAUAGUGGUAUAUGCAGGUCAUGAAACCAAAGCUAUGCUGAAUAACAGUGGCCCUCAUUACAAGCGCAGUAAAUUGGAGAGAAAAGUGAACACUGAUAUUCUUUGGUGUGUUCUGCUUCUACUUUUGAUGUGUUUAAGUGGUGCAAUAGGUCAUGGAAUUUGGUUAAGUAGGUAUUCGGAAGUACCUUUUUUUAACAUCCCCAAGCCAGAUGGGAAAUUGAGUCCUCCAACAUUAGCAGGCUUCUAUAUGUUCUGGACAAUGAUAAUUCUAUUGCAGGUCUUGAUCCCUGUUUCUCUCUAUGUUUCAAUUGAAAUUGUCAAACUGGGACAAAUUUAUUUAAUACAGAAUGACAUUGAUUUUUACCACGAGAAAACAGACUCAACUAUUCAGUGUAGAGCACUAAAUAUUGCUGAAGACCUUGGCCAGAUUCAGUAUAUUUUCUCUGACAAGACUGGAACCCUCACUGAAAAUAAGAUGGUUUUUCGGAGAUGCAGCAUUGCAGGACAGGAGUAUUGCCACGAGGAAAAUGCAAAGAGGUUGGAAGCCUAUCAGGAGAUGGAUUCAGAAGAUGAUUCGGCUGAUUGUCAGUAUGGCUCUUCAACCCCUACAUCAAAAUGUCAGGGGCACAACAACAAAGCUGUGCUUGAACCUUUGAACAGAAAGUCUUUGGAUCAGUUGUCUGGUAGUUACUCUGCAUUCAAAAGGCAAGAUGAAACAGGUGAUAUUCCCCACUCAGGACACAUGGCUUUCAGCAGUCCCAUUGAGACAGACGUUGUACCAGACACACAGCUGCUGGAGAAGUUCAGUCGAAUUUCUUUUCAUUCCUAUCAACAACCAGAAGGAGCUAGCAGCAAGUUAUCUUUGGAGACAAUGUAUAUCACUGACUUCUUUCUUGCUCUGGCAAUCUGUAAUACUGUUGUAGUUUCAGGCCCCAAUCAGCCACGUCAGAAGAUGAGAGUCUCUUCGCUGAGUAGGAUGCCUAUUAAAUCACUUGAGGAAAUCAGGCAGAUGUUCCAGAAGUUUUCAGUCUGGAGACUAAAUUCUUCCCCACUUCCAAGUGUAAAGGAGUCAUCAUCUGAAAGCCCCAAUAGUUUUGUGAGAAAGCUGUCUGUUUUUAGGAUGAAACUGGCUUCACCUGCUUCAGAUGGAGCUGCUCAAAGGGUUUCUGAACCUCAGAAUACUGACAGCCCAGAAGAUUCUCAGGUGCCAGGAGAACUACAUCUGGUGAAUGUAGCUGCUGGUGGUGAAUGCAACCAUGCUGUGUCAUCUACUGAAUUAUCUCCCAUACCAAAACUAUGUUAUGAAGCUGAGAGUCCAGACGAAGCUGCCUUGGUUCAUGCUGCUAGGGCUUAUAAAUGUGUUUUACAGUCUAGGACUCCAGAUCAAGUAACUGUGGACUUUGCAGGUCGGGGGUCUUUAACGUUUCAGCUUUUGCAUAUCCUGCCUUUUGAUUCACUGCGGAAAAGGAUGUCAGUGGUGAUUCGGCAUCCAGUCUCCAACAAAGUGGUGGUGUACACAAAAGGUGCAGACUCAGUCAUGAUGGAUUUGCUGAGAACUGCAUCUGAAGUACAUACUAAUAAUUUUGAAAUUGAAGAGAGGAUUAAAGAGAGAACUCAGCAGCAUUUGGAUGACUAUGCCAGAAGAGGACUGCGCACUCUGUGUAUUGCUAAGAAGGUGAUGAGUGAUGCAGAAUAUGCAGAGUGGUUAAAUCAUCGUUUUUUAGCAGAAACCAGCAUUGACAAUAGGGAGGACCUGCUGCUUGAAUCUGCCAUGAGGCUUGAGACCAAACUAACUUUGCUUGGUGCCACUGGCAUUGAAGAUCGCCUGCAGGAGGGUGUUCCAGACACAAUACAGGCAUUACGGAAAGCUGGAAUAAAAAUAUGGAUGUUGACAGGUGACAAGAGAGAGACAGCUGUCAACAUUGCCUAUGCUUGUAAACUGCUGGAACCCGAGGACAGAAUCUUCACUCUUAAAUCACAGAGUAGGGAAGCCUGUGCCUUGGUAAUGAGCAAAAUUUUAGAAGGCAUCCAGAAGAAUGCUUCUGUCAAAAAAAAAAACAGUGAGAAACUUGGAAAUGUCUCUGCAAGUCUCUCCCCCCAAGCUCAAGGAUUCAGUGCAGGCCUGGUUAUUGAUGGAAAGACUUUAGAACAUGUCCUUCAUGACAGCCUACAGAAUAUUUUCUUGGAACUCACAGAAAAAUGUCGGGCUGUAGUCUGUUGCCAAGCCACACCACUGCAGAAGAGUGUCCUGGUCAAACUGGUACGAAGUAAGCUAAAGGCAAUGACAUUAGCUGUAGGCGAUGGUGCCAAUGAUGUCAGUAUGAUCCAGGUGGCUGACACUGGUGUGGGAAUAUCUGGCCAGGAAGGUAUGCAGGCUGUGAUGGCAAGUGACUUUGCAAUCUCUCAGUUUAGACAUCUCAGGAAGCUGCUGCUUGUCCAUGGUCACUGGUGUUAUACCAGACUUACCAACAUGGUGCUUUACUUCUUCUACAAGAAUGUGACCUAUGUGAACCUCCUGUUUUGGUACCAGUUUUUCUGCGGGUUUUCAGGCACAUCAAUGACUGACUACUGGAUCUUGAUUCUUUUCAAUCUCCUUUUUACAUCGGUGCCACCCAUCAUUUAUGGUGUCUUGGACAAAGAUGUAUCUGCAGAGAUACUCAUGGAACUCCCACAGCUUUACACAACAAGCCAGAAAUCUGUGGCUUACUUGCCUUCAGCUUUCUGGAUAACCUUGCUGGAUGCUUUUUACCAAAGUCUCGUUUGCUUUUUUGUGCCUUACUUUACUUACUGUGGCUCAGACAUAGACAUUUUUUCCUUUGGAAACCCCAUAAACACAGCAGCACUCUUCAUAAUGCUGUUUCACCUUCUCAUUGAGUGCAAGUCUGUGACAUGGAUACAUACAGUAGCUAUAGUUGGCAGCAUCCUGUUUUACUUUGUGUUCACUCUGGCUGUUGGAGCAACCUGCAAAACCCACAACACACGAUCAGAUUUCUACUGGAUCAUGGAAGAGCACAUGACAGACCCAGUAUUUUACUUAGUUUGUGUCCUAACUACUUGCAUUGCUCUGCUACCCAGAUAUUUGAUAAGAGUUCUCCAAGGAACAUUGUUUCCAUCUCCAGUGUUGAGAGCCAAGUACCUUGUCAGACUGUCCCAUGAGGAGCAGAGGAAAGCAAUUAAGAGAUGGAAAGAUGAGUGCAAUGUGAAUGAUAGAGUGGAGCUCCAACCCACUUCUGUGCCUUCGAGCUCAGCUGCAGGUGCUGUAUCGAAGGAAGAAAGCACUGACAGUGGGCUAGCAUCUAAAACACCUUUACAGACCUGUUCAAGAGAUGGGUUAGUAAAGAACACCUCUUUCUUACCAGACAUUCAGGAUGAGUCUGGGAGUACAAGUGGCUUGAACUCUGUAAAGACUGAAUUUAUCAAAGGAAACUAAUACAUUUGCAUUUGGUGGUAAUAGUUCAUGUG